AUGUAUUUGCCUAUGCUGUUUCAGGAUGAGUUCAGAGCAUUUUUGAAAGCUGCCGGACACAAACUUAUAGUGGUGGAAUUUUCAGCAAAAUGGUGUGGCCCCUGCAAAUUGAUAGGUCCUGUUUUUCAUGCACUGUCUCUGAAAUACAAAAAUGUAAGCUUUGCCAGUGUGGAUGUGAAUAAAUCACAGGAGUUGGCUGAAUUUUGUAACGUCCAAGCAAUACCAACAUUUCAAAUGUUCAAGCAAACCGAGAAGAUUUAUGAAUUUUGUGGAGCUGAUCCUAAAAAAUUGGAAGCAAAGAUUCAAGAACUAAUGUAA